AAAACAUUUGAUGCGUCAGUCAGAGUGAAACCUUCGUUUUCAACUUCCCUAUGUCCGGCGUAGUGUGCCCAGGGUAGUGAGCCCGGGGCAGUGUGGACGGGGCCUCAGUAAUACACAUGGCCUGGCUUUCAUUUGCGUAAACAUUUGAGAAGGGUUUCAAAUUCCCCGAGAUAGAAAUCAGUUUCAUUCAAACAGCACCCCCAUAUCCCAGGAAAGAGUUCCUGGAAUUAUUUGCCCGGUGGCGCUUCCUGUGCAUGCGACCUCUGGGGUCCACGGCAGGUUGACCUCGAAAGAAACAUGCGUGACUACACUAACUAACUACUGAUGACAUAUCUAGAGAGCAUGCUUUCACAUGUUUUUGGCGUUAUUUCCUCAGGUUUGUUUAUUCGCUGGCAGGAUGUAGACUAGUUGUGAGAGUCUCGAGACAUUUUGCAAAAAUAGCACAACGAAACUACGUUUAAUGUUGAGAGCACAAAGGAAAGAAAAGACUCAAAAUAGUCAGACCUCGUCGACCACUCGUCGCUUUCUUGGCGAGCGAGUAAGCUUCGGUGCUUUGCAAUUAAUUAUGGUUUUUCCGGGUUAUAUGUUAUUAAUGUAAUCAAAAUGACUUGUAAUUCAAGUAAGAAGACUCAGGAAAGAAGAUCAGCUUGUGUCUGUGAUGGAAAAAGCAUCUGUGUCAACUGAUUUCUGGAGGAAUUCAUUUAACAAGGAGCGAGUGAACGUGCGUGUGUCAUCAGCUGACAGAACAAAAUACCGCCUUGGCAGCUAAUGACACAGGAGAUCAGCGGGCUUAAUUAUACGACGUAUUAAAAUGCAGGGUACCACAGUUUUGUUUGCGAUCAUUUUGAUAAUCAGAGACCUAGAGGUGCACACAAAUUAAACAGUCAGUCGGAACUGACCUGAACUGAUUGGGUAUACGCACCUGAACGCUUCAGCUCCACGAAAUCAUCAACGUACAAGGCAAAGAAAGACUCGACUGGAAUUGUUCGGAUCCCAUCGAUCGCCAAUCCAUGGAGCCUAAACCAAGGAGUAGCUCAGGAGAAAAGUUCAGGAGAAAUAAGGUCAGCGUGGCUUCGGUUGCAAGUCAGAGAGCUGUGCAAGUAGAACUGGAUAUCGUGCCUGCAGUGGUUUCUACAAGAGGGGAUGCAUUCACCAAAAGUGAUUCUCAACAGGAUCUGUUGCCUGAUGACUUUGAGGUUUCAGCUUGUGACAAGGAAGAAGAGAAGCAAAGAAGGAGGAGGCUCUUCUUCAUUCUUCUGGUAGCUGCUAUAACUACAGGCCUUCUAGUGCUGGUUGCAACUCUCCCUUUCUUACUCGGAGGUAAGUCUGCAGACUUGGAUUCAGAAGAUGCUGGAGAGACAGAGAAAGUUACUGGGGAAAAGCUGAAAUGUGGAUACUUGGAUCAUUCAAUGCCAGACGGUCACCUGGUUUGUAAUGGAGAAGAUAUCAACUCGACAUGCUGGACUGUGUGCAUUGAGGGCUAUGAAAAAGAAAAUGCACUAAUUGGAAAUUUUAAAUGUGAAGAAAAUGGAGAAUGGAAUGGAGAGAGGACAAUGUGCAUUAGAAAAGAUUGUGGAUCUCUUGAUCAGGUACCAAAUUCAUCACAGGAAUGUACAAGCACAAACUACAGAGACACAUGUGAGGUGAAUUGUUUUGAGGGAUAUGAAAAGAACAAUGCAUCAAGUGGAAGUUAUGCUUGUGAGGCUGAUGGCAAAUGGUACGGAGAGAAAACAGUUUGCAUUCCUAAAGACUGUGGAGCCCCACUUCAGAUGCCAUUUAUGGAAUUGCACAACUGCACAGGCACAAAAUACAAAGAUACUUGUGAAGUGAGGUGUGAUGAACACUUUAAUAAAACUAUCUCUAGUGUACAGUGUGGAUCAGAUGGCAAGUGGACAAAUCUCAUUGGAGUUUGUUUCAUAAGUGAUAUCUGUACUAUUUGCAACAAAGAGAAUGGUUCCUGUGUUCAGCUACCAAACAGCCUGCAGUAUUUCUGUCAGUGCAAUUUGGGAUAUGCAGGUAAUGGCCAGCACUGUCAACAAGAUUCCGAUCUGGAUGGCUUUCCUGAUGUCCUUUUGUCUUGUCCUGAAAAACAUUGCAAUGUCGACAACUGUCUGUCAAUGCCUAACAGUGGGCAAGAAAACAAUGAUGGAGACCAUCUUGGUGACGUGUGCGAUGUUGAUGAUGACAAUGACAAUGUUACAGAUGCUGUUGACAACUGCCAGUUUAAUACCAAUCCACUGCAAGAAGACAAAGAUAAAGACACCAUUGGUGAUGCAUGUGAUAACUGCAUCGAUAUUUUCAAUUCAGACCAGGCAGACAGUGAUGGUGAUGGUGUUGGCAAUGCUUGUGAGAAUGGAGAUCUGGACAAUGAUGGUGUAGACAAGGGGGACAAUUGCCCUCUGGUGCCAAACCCAGGUCAGGAAGACACUGAUGGUGAUGGUGUGGGCGAUGCAUGUGAUAACUGUGUCAGCGUGUCUAACACUCACCAGAAUGAUACAGAUGAGAAUCUUAUUGGUGAUGCAUGCGAUGAAAAAUCAGAUGAAGAUCAUGAUGGCAUAAGUGAUAGUGAAGACAGCUGUAUAGCUGUUCCUAAUGGUGACCAGCUGAAUGGAGAUAAUGACGAACUUGGAGAUGACUGUGAUGAUGAUAAAGAUGGAGAUAGUGUUUUGAACAUAAAUGACAACUGUCCCCUUGUUCCUAAUCCAGAUCAAGUAAGCAUGACUCUUUUUUUAUUUGUUUGUUCCAUUGGUGAGAAAAUUGUUAAUAAACAACUAAAUGAAUGCCAAUGAUUUAUUAUUUUUCUUUUUUUGCAGGAUGAUUAUCCAGUCAACAAGUUUUUAAUCAACACUAACUUCAGUACUUAUCAGGAAGUGAUUUUAGAUAGCGUAGGAAAAGUUCAGAAGCCUCCAAAGUGGAUGGUUUAUGACAAUGGCCGAGAAAUUGUGCAAACUGCAAAUGGGAACCCAGGCCUUUUGUUGAGCUACACAAGAUUUGGACACGUGGACUACAGUGGAACGUUCUUUAUAGCUGACAGAUCAGAUGAUGACAUUGCAGGCAUUGUCUUUGGCUACCAGAGUAACAGGCAUUUUUAUGUGUGCUCUUGGAAGAAAAAGACCCAAUCUUACAAUCUGCAAACCAAGUUGCCCUAUCCAAGAUCUGUUGCAAGGCAAGGCAUUAAUCUCAUGGCUAUAGACUCCAGUACUGGCCCUGGUGAGAGCUUACGUGAUGCCUUAUGGGAGACUGGAAACACCAUCAAUCAGACGCAUGUUCUGUGGUAUGACCCUGUUCCUAAGUGGGCUCCAGGCGUGGCAUAUCACUGGAGACUUCAGCACAACCCGGACUCUGGAAGAAUCCGUGUGCGUUGGUACAAAGGUAGACACCUGUUAUCAGACUCAGGGAACAUCAUAGACAAACGUUACAGAGGUGGCCGUCUUGGCAUGUAUGUCUUCUCGCAGAAAGAUGUCUACUAUUCAAAAUUGUAUGCAGGAUCCCCUGAGAUCAGGGAUUAUGCUCUAAGCUUCAAUGGCACUAGUGAUUAUGCUGAUAUAGGAGCCCUCAGUGAGAUCCUAGGAGAGUCCAGCAGCAUCACUGUGGCUGCUUGGGUUUGGAUAACAGGUGCAAAUGGAAAGAUCACUUGUGAUUUGGCUCCAAUCGACUUUGGUAGUGGGGCCCCUGAUUUGGGAAUUCUAAUGCAGUCUAAAGAUGAUGACAAGGACUGGAAAAUAACUGAGAAAAAAACUCCAACUAAAUCCACUGGACCUACAGCUGACCAUUCAACAGGCUCAGGGUAUUAUGGAUAUUUGGAAGCAUCAGGAAUAGCCAUUGGAAGUAGGGCAUCACUUGAGACACCCUGGUUCACUGCUGGUGAAGGAUGCAAUAUGAGUUUCUUUUACCAUAUGUCUGGUAAUUCCAUGGGAACCCUAAGUGUAGAGAUAAAAACAGUAGAUAAAAUGUGGUUCAUGGUAUUCCGGAAGGCUGGAGAUCAAGGCAACACAUGGUAUCAAGGAACUGUUGAUCUCUCGGUUUACGAAGGACUUGUUGCUGUACGAUUUACCGCAGCCAUAGGAAGAUUUUUAUACAGUGAUAUUGCCUUGGAUGACAUAGUGUUUAGUGCAAGUUGUGGUUCUGACAAAGCUUGUCGCAGUCCAGAUGUUAUCCCCAUCUUUGGAACUAAAGAAGAAACAGGCAUACAUUUGUCUGUGAGUGGUGGCAGUAUUCUGGGUGGAGUGAACACAAAUCAGUCUAUCAGAGGCAACUUGUCCUUUACAUACAACACCUGGACACAUGUGGCAUUACAGUAUAAUGAUCAGACCAAACAACAAGUUCUGUUUGUUAACGGCAGAGUGGAUCAAGUAAUGAACAAUGUUUCAGCCUCCUGGUUGCCAUCAAACCUCCUCUUGGGAAUGGAUGGUUCACAGUAUAUGGCUGGACAGAUAGAUGAGGUCCAAAUCUGGAAUGCCGCUGUCAAUGUGUCUGUUUUCUAUGACAAAUACUUGAGGGGCACUGAAGAAGGGCUGGUCAGAUAUUACAAGUGUAGUGAAGGAGAAGGGAAGCAGUUAAAAGACAGCAGCAUGUCAAAGAAGCCUGGCUCCCUUCAUGGAACAACAUGGCUCUCCUCAUCGUUGGAACUUAGCAAGCUAAACUGAACCACAAGAAUCACCUUGUGUGCUGGUUUAGAUACACAUCGAGUGAUUAGUGUACUGAGCCAGCUGGACAGCCUCCAGUAAUUCGGGCAAUGAGCAAGUUUACCAUGAGUUUCUAGUUUGUUAUAAUGCUAUUAAGAUCAGUCAAGUUACAUAAAAUUAUUAAGUAACAAGUAAUGACUGAUAUUGUCUGGUAGUUGUUUGAUUUUUUUCAUAUGUUCUUUAUUCAACAUCUCUGAAUGAUGUAGCCCCACAGUUUAGAUGUAGAAAAGUACUUUUACCGACAUUUUGUAGCUUUUGAAUUGGUUUUCAUAAUAACAGCAAACAAAUUCAACACCUUUUCACAUUCACUUUCAGACAAUCUUCAAUUCCUUAUGGACAUUGCUUUAACAAUUUAUUUCCUCUUAAGUCGGUUGUUAUUGUUUUAUCUUAAUUUAUAAGUUUUUCAUAUUUCAUACUUUGUUACCCUAUAUACUCCAUGUUCGUGCUUUUUAUUCAUUAUCUGUCAAAGAUUGCUGACUGGGAAAUGACCUGCAAUCAAAAGCUCGUAAUUUUUUACUAAUUUAACCAGAACGUCCCAUUAAAACAGCUAUAGCAGUGCAAGCCAUGGAUACCAGAGUGGCUUUUGUACACGUAGGCAUUUUUUUAGGUUUAUAUAUCAAGUAGUAUUGAGCAGUAGACUAAAAGGUGUUCCUCUUUUUCCCUAGUUGAUCAACUGAGAAAGUGUCAAGAAAAAUGGCUGUGAGAACUGCCAAAAAAAAAAAAAAA